ACGGUCGACGCAGUAAACAAAACACCUUUCUUGAUUUCUGAUUCCAUUUCAGCGAUUCAGCCAGAUUGUCCAGAUUACACCUUUUUCUGUAAAAAAAAAGCUGUAAUUGUUUUUCAUUUUAUCUAAAGUUGAAGUAGAUCUAGUUCAAAUACAUAUCAGAAAUGGAAAUUUGAAAACUCCAAGCAGCGAUAUCGUUUGAACAUACAUUUACUCAUCUCAACUUUUGCAGGGAGAAGAAGUUUUUGUUGCGAUGACUCCAAAAAAUAAGCUGAAUUUAAUCCUGCCUCCGGGUUCAAUUGAUGCGCCGCCAUCGACUCCUUCAGCGCCAUUAUCGGCUCAUAGUGAAUCUGCAAUAUCUGAGAAAGGAAAAUUGAGUAUCGAAGCUCUUCAAGAGCGCCUUGAAGAACUCGGUAUGGAUGACACGCAACGUAAACGGAUGGAAUUUUUUUUGUGCCAAAAAGAGAAGAUCGGAGGAGAGCUCGGCGACGACGAUUUUGAAAAGCUUGGAGAGCUGGGCGCCGGAAACGGUGGAGUUGUAAUGAAGGUGCGCCACAAAUCGACCGGGUUAAUUAUGGCACGAAAGUUAAUCCAUCUUGAGGUCAAGCCUGCCAUCAAAAAGCAGAUCAUCCGCGAAUUGAAAGUUCUACAUGAGUGUAAUUUUGCCCACAUCGUCGGAUUUUACGGCGCCUUUUACAGCGAUGGUGAAAUCUCCAUAUGCAUGGAGUAUAUGGAUGCGGGGUCUCUGGAUUUAAUUUUGAAAAAAGCUGGACGAAUACCGGAACCUAUGCUUGGAACGGUAACGUCAGCGGUUUUGAAAGGGUUGACUUACCUUCGAGAAAAGCACGCCAUUAUCCAUCGCGACGUUAAACCGUCGAAUAUUCUAGUUAAUAGCGGUGGUGAAAUCAAAAUAUGUGAUUUUGGUGUUUCCGGCCAGUUGAUAGACUCGAUGGCAAACUCGUUUGUUGGAACUCGAUCAUAUAUGUCGCCCGAACGACUUCAAGGGACGCACUAUUCGGUCCAGAGCGACAUCUGGUCGCUUGGAUUAAGUUUAGUCGAAAUGGCGGUUGGAAUGUAUCCAAUUCCACCGCCAGAUGAACACACCCUCGCGCAAAUCUUUAAUCCUACUGAAGCACCAGAACAAAAUAACAGCAACGGUCCAAGAGCUAUGGCGAUAUUUGAACUUCUUGAUUACAUAGUAAAUGAACCUCCACCGAAGCUUCCACCGAACGUUUUCUCCAAAGAAUUCGAAAGUUUCGUCGAUGCGUGUUUGAAGAAAAAUCCCCAAGAAAGAGCGGAUCUUAAAACGUUGAUGAACCACGAAUGGAUUCGUCGAGCAGAAUCAUGUCCUGCUGAUAUCGCUGGUUGGGUUUGCCGAACCAUGGGUUUGACUCCGACCACUCCGACACGUACGAUUCCAAAUCAAGCUUCAUGAGUAUGUUCUCUAGUCCUCAUUCAGAGGAUUUCUGGUUCUACGCGAUUUCAUCAUGAAAACUGCUAGUUAUCUUAUGUACCAAUUUUUCGCAAGAGUAAUUAAGAGCCGCGAAUUUCAACCUAAUUCUAUAUUAUAUUUCGGGUUUUCAUUGUAUUAUUUUAUUUGAAUGUUUUUGUGUUUGGGAUGUUACAUAAUAGUUACCCAGUCAGUUGUGUAGAAAAUGUGUACAUAGUAAAUUACGAAUAUUAUUCUGAAUGUCUGAGAGAAUUGAAUUUUCUACUCACCCGUUUAGCUGUGCACAAUUUCGAUACGAUUUUUGGAAUCUAUUUUAUUUGUUCACUGCCUCGAAUGCAGUUUUGUUUUGCUUUGUUGAAUUUAAUUUGAAAUAUUUUCCAAAAAAAGCAUUUUUCACCGAAAUGAAAUUCAAGAGCAGCUUUUUGUACGCAUUUUUAAAAUCUAAGUGUUAACGUAUUUUUGUUUCUAGUUUUUAUUGAAAUUUUAAAUGUUUUAGUUGAAUAUCGAUGUUAUGUAAAAUGAGCAUUUAACGCUAUCUAAACGCUGUAAGAUAAGUGUAAGAAAAAGCUAGACUUAAUUAUAAAUUAUUAUUUAUUAAAAACUACAACUUAUUAGGUACUAAUUUUGUUGGAACAAAAUCACUCGAAUGCACAGUUUUGAUUAUCGCACAGCAGUCUGAAAUUAGCUUAAAAACCCGUAUAUAUUUUUUCUCUGUCUUUAUCAUUCUGUGUUUUUCUUCCAUGUAUGUGUUUGUGUGUUUUUAGUUCGACGUAUUCUUUUAGUAUUAUUCAGACUGAUAUUACAGUGAUAUGUGAUUGAAGUUUUACAUUUUAUUUGUUUCGGUUUUUAUCUAUUCUAUUUUCCUAUAUUUUAUACCUAUUUAUUAUUCGUUUCUUCUUAUCUGACGACAUUUUAAUUACAUAUAUGGAAUUACAAUUAAAAAUACACGCAUUUAAAUGAA